AUGUCCGAAUUUCUCGUUUGCACAGGAUCCAAAGUCCUUCUACCUGGGAAUGACGAACCCACCCAGGCUUCCAUUGUCAUUGACAAGGCAUCGGGCAAAAUUACACAAGUCCGGCAAGGCCACCAUACAUCGGACGAUCUUGGAUUGCACGCUCAUACCGUCGAAUGGCUUGAUGCAGGAAAGAAUGUCGUUCUACCUGGCCUGGUAGAUGCCCAUGUCCAUCUCAAUGAACCUGGACGCACUGAUUGGGAAGGCUUUUGGACAGGCACUAGAGCAGCAGCCUCAGGGGGCAUCACUACGUUAGUCGAUAUGCCGCUGAACUCUUUGCCCCCUACCACCACUGUAUCGAAUCUCGAAAUCAAGCGACAGGCCGCCCUGAACCAAUGCCAUACAGAUGUUGCUUUUUGGGGAGGUGUUAUUCCCGGAAAUCAGGAACAUCUUAAGCCUCUGGUAGCCGCUGGGGUCCGCGGAUUCAAAUGUUUCUUGAUGGAAAGUGGAGUUGAGGAAUUUCCUUGUGUAAAUGUGCAAGACCUGCUGGUUUCCAUAAAAGAACUCGAGGAUGCUGGUAGUGUUCUCUUGUUCCACGCUGAACUUCAAGACGGUAACGACAAAUCGGAAACUUCAAACCCUAGGGACUAUUCGACAUUUUUAUCCUCGCGUCCUGAAAAGCUGGAAUUCAAUGCAAUAUCAUUGAUAGUUAAAUUGCAACUAAUGUAUCCAAGUCUUCGGUGCCAUAUCGUUCAUCUCUCAGCCGCCUCAGCGCUUCCCCUUAUCCGAUCUGCCAAAGAUGCUGGAUUGCCCUUGACUGUCGAAACCUGUUUCCAUUACCUAUGCCUCUCUGCAGAAGAGAUUCCUGCUGGCCAUACAGAAUUUAAAUGCUGUCCCCCUGUUCGCGAAGAAUCCAACAGAAAUUUAUUAUGGGAUGCACUCAAAGAGGGUCUGAUUGAUUGUGUCGUUUCUGACCAUAGUCCUUGUGUCCUCUCUUUAAAAAGACUAGAUGAUGGUGACAUUUUGUCUGCUUGGGGUGGGAUCAGCACCCUUGGACUGGGUCUGAGCUUGUUAUGGACUGAAGGGCAGAGAAGAGGAAUUGGUCUGGGCCAGAUUAUUGACUGGAUGAGCACUAAGACCGCCCGACACGUUGGUUUAGGCUCUACAAAGGGCCAGCUAAGGGAAGGUUAUGAUGGCGAUUUCGUCCUGUGGGAUCCAGAGGAAGAAUUUGAGGCAAGGGCGACACAGUGA